AUUUUGGUUUCAGCCAUGAAAACAGGAAAUCAAAGUUUUGGGACAGAUUUUCUACUUGUUGGUCUUUUCCAAUAUGGCCGGAUAAACUCUCUUCUCUUUGUUGUCAUUGCCACCCUCUUUACAGUUGCUCUGACAGGAAAUAUCAUGCUGAUCCACCUCAUUCGACUGAACGCCAGACUCCACACUUCAAUGUACUUUCUGCUCAGUCAGCUCUCCAUCAUUGACCUCAUGUACAUUUCCACCACAGUGCCCAAGAUGGCAGUCAACUUCCUCUCACAGAGUAAGACCAUUACAUUUUUGGGCUGUGAGAUUCAAAUGUAUGUGUUCUUGGCCCUUGGUGGAACUGAAGCCCUUCUCCUUGGUUUUAUGUCUUAUGAUCGCUAUGUAGCUAUCUGUCAUCCUUUACAUUAUCCUAUACUAAUGAGCAAGAAGAUCUGCUGCCUCAUGGUUGCAUGUGCAUGGGCCAGUAGUUCUAUCAGCGCUUUCAUACAUACAUUGUAUGUGUUUCAACUUCCAUUCUGUAGGUCUCGGCUCAUAAACCACUUUUUCUGUGAAGUUCCAGCUCUACUAUCAUUGGUGUGUCAGGACACCUCCCAUUAUGAGUAUACAGUCCUCCUGAGUGGACUUACUAUACUGCUGCUACCAUUCCUGGCCAUUCUGGCUUCCUAUGCUCGUGUGCUUAUUGUGGUAUUCCAGAUGAGCUCGGGAAAAGGACAGGCAAAAGCUGUUUCCACUUGUUCCUGCCACCUGAUUGUGGCAAGCCUGUCCUAUGCAACCGCUCUCUCUACCUAUACGAAGCCACACUCCUUGCGUUCCCCUUCACGGGAUAAGGCGGUGGCAGUAUUUUACACCAUUGUCACACCUCUACUGAACCCAUUUAUCUAUAGCCUGCGAAAUAAGGAAGUCACAGGGGCAAUGAGAAGACUGUUGGGAUCAUGGAUAUGCUGUAGAAAAUAUGACUUCAGGUCUCUGUAUUCAUAG